AUGGCUCUGUCAAUCGCGAAAGAUUUCAUUCGUUUGGAGACUCCCCUCUCGCCUCAGUCGCCAGAGCAGUGGAAGCAAGCAAUUCAAGAGGUCAAGUUGCUUUAUCUCCAGCGCCAGUACAAGCAAUGUGCCGCUCGUUCGUUUGAGAUCCUUGAGGCUGUUAGAGGACCCAUCCAUCCAGUCUACAAGACAUGCCUUUAUUUCUACAGCGCCAUUUCCUACGAGGAGAUGGGCCGAGCGGCCCAUAACUACUCCCGAAGAAAGCUUCCUCUGCUGCAUUCCGCUCUGGACAGCUUCGUCACCUGUAGUGCAAUUCUGCCCUCGACAAUUCCAGUCCCUGACAACAACUCGGAGAGUUCAAGUCCUGCUUCGCUGGUGGAGUCAUGGACGGCGUCAGAUUUCUCGGAGAGUCCUUCGCCUGUCGGGGCCCUCGUAAGCAGCAUCACGGACAUCAUCGACAAGUCCAUGCUCUGCCCCGACGAUGAUCCAUUCAUCUCAGAUAGCGAGGGCUGGGUUGAGUUGGCUCUUGACAUUCCAGAGAAUCUCCCACCCCGCAUGCCACAGGACGAUCAGCGACUCAUGCCCUCGCCCCUUCGACUUCGAAACUCGUCGGUUGAUCUCCACAAGACUGGUCGGCAGAAUCAACCUGCGAGACUUUGUCCUCCCCCCCCUCCUCUUCCUAUCAAGAUUCUGCCUGCGGAUGCUAUGGAAAAGAACCCCGAACUUUCAGGACCCGACAGGACUCCCCGCGCGCAGGGUGGAGGAAACAUCCACGCGGAUGAGCACAAACAAACACCCAUGACACCAGCACGCGCCGAGUCCAUUAGACGAUAUAACAGUACCCUCGAGUCCUUGCGGGUUCAGUUCAGCUCCAGCAUCGCGGACAUCCACGCACUGGUGGACGAGAUCAGGGAGUUGCAGUCGGCCCGUCAAGCGUCGAAGAAUUUCCGCCGAUCCGCUUCAUUCUGGAGUUUCAGUCCCAUCAAGGAGGGUCCUGAGGGACGAGAGAAACUGGGUAGUUCAGGGAGAGUCAUUGUCAAGGAGACCAAAGAGCAGCGGAUUGCUCGACUACGCGCCGAGGGAUGGAAGACGGUCGGGAUGAGGUCUCCGGUCCGGGGCUGGAAGGGAGCGGCGUACUAUCAGGCAUACUGCAAUUCUGUUCUGGACGAAUUGUAUCUUGAGGUGUAA